AUGACGUACCAACACAUUUUGCGCUCGUUCCCACGUUUGCCGGGGGAAGUUCUGCUCGAGUUCGAGCUCCCACUGCCACGGAAUCUCAUCUGCGUUAUCUGUCAGGCUGUGUGUCCUGUGCUUUUCAGGUCGUCGUGCUCACACAGUUUCUGCGGCCAAUGUCGACUCCAGCUUCUGCCAUCGAACCGGUCGAUGUUUUUGUGUCCCAUGGACGGCGUCGAAAGCAGAGCCGAGAAAAUGUACAAGGAUAUGAAUGUUUGGGCUGCUGUUAAAGAUUUCCGGAUUCGUUGCAAUUAUUCCGCUCUCGGUUGCGGCUUCCUCGAUACCCUCGAAGAGUUUGCUAAGAACCACCAAUCGAGCUGUCCGUACCACAAAAAGACUUGUCCACUAUGCCAAGAGGAAUGCCUUUCGAAGGACUUGUUCGAUCAUCUAGGCUCAAAAUGUGCCAAGAGGCCCCUAAGCUGUCCACUUUGCAACUUUAAUUUCCACAGAGAGCUUCUGGAAGAACACAUGAACGAAUGUCCAAUGAGAAAGAUUGAUUGUGAUUACUGCCAACAGAAGGACAUCCUCGCCCGAGACAUGCCUUCACAUUUGGAUAGCUGCGAUCUCAAGCCUUGGUCCUGUACACUGGCGGAAUUCGGUUGUCCGUUCACCGGUACAUGCAAACAGCUCCUCGAACAUCUUACAUUUGAGGACCACGUAACCUUAAUCAAUCAACGAUUCCGGGACAUAGCAAUGACGAAUCGAGACCAGCAGGAAGAGAUCGCGCACUUGAAUGUACAACUAGACCAGCUAACGAACAUUGUGAAAGACGGCAACCGGCGAGUGGCCACAGCAUUGCGCUCGAUCGCGUGCGCACUCAAUACACACAAAGAAGAGAACCGGAGGCUGAAGGAGCGGCUCGACGAAAUGAUUCUCAUUAUCGGUCGGAACACUCAACAACUCCACCAGCAGAGCACAAGGAGGGACGGUCGACAUCCGUGUUAUGUCGAAGUGACGACGUCUAGACCUUCAUCGGGGGCGGACAGAGGUGAUCGAUACCACAAAAACUGA